AUGGAACCCGGUCUUGGUUGUGAAGACCUCAUACACCAGUUACAUUUAUGGAAUAUGUCUGAAUAUUAUGCUGGUAGAUCGCUUAAGGGCUGCACCAAAGACCAAGCUCCCGAGGUGGCGGCCAACGGACACAUCAAGUGCGCGCUCCGCCGUUGCAAGAUCAUGUGCAAUUCAGGAUACAGAUUUAAAGGAGGCAAGUCCAAGAUUUACAUCACGUGCAACCAAGACACGGGGCAGUUUAAUUACGCCGGCAGACCUUGGCGUCAGUCCGCUCCGAACUGUGUCCCUCACUGCAAGAAAGGAUGCCAGAAUGGUGGCACUUGCGUAGCCCCGAACCAAUGCCAAUGUAGCCCUGAGUACAGGGGCAGGAACUGCGAGGUGAGAGAGUGCCCUGAGCCUUCGUUCCCGGACGCGCAGGCUAGCUUUACCCGCACCGACGACGACGAACUCCUGGUGAAGUGCCACGAAGGAUACGUUCUUCCCCUUGGCACGGUGCCUGGAGGAGUUGCAUUCUGCAGGGACGGUGCCUGGGAGCUCCCAGACAAUUUUAGGUGUCAGCGCGACUGCGGCAACCUCGGCUGCCAGAACGGCGGCAGUUGCGUUGCCUCGGGGCUGUGCAACUGCGCGCCGGGUUUCACCGGGGAAAACUGCCAGCGGCGUACUUGCCCGGACCUACUGGCACUCAAUGGAAACGUCAUCGUCACUCCAGUAAGCCUGGAGGUAAAGUGCCAUGAAGGGUACAUACUCAAGUCAGGAAAAGGUGCGAUGGAAGCAAAGUGCCAAGCUGGUGAAUGGACAGUGCCACCGGAAGACUUACAGGGCGACACAAUUGCAUGUAUCCGCGACUGCGGCAACCUCGGCUGCCAGAACGGCGGCAGUUGCGUUGCCUCGGGGCUGUGCAACUGCGCGCCGGGUUUCACCGGGGAAAACUGCCAGCGGCGUACUUGCCCGGACCUACUGGCACUCAAUGGAAACGUCAUCGUCACUCCAGUAAGCCUGGAGGUAAAGUGCCAUGAAGGGUACAUACUCAAGUCAGGAAAAGGUGCGAUGGAAGCAAAGUGCCAAGCUGGUGAAUGGACAGUGCCACCGGAAGACUUACAGGGCGACACAAUUGCAUGUAUCCGUGAGUAUGAAGUUCAUGCUCAGGAAAGCUGUUAUAAGGCUUGGGCAAAGAGAUCAACAAGUUUUAGCAGCUGUUUCAAAUGCUUUGUCGGAUUUUUUCUUAUUCUCUGUUCUUCACACAAAGUUCGCAACAGAACACCUGUGAAUGUCAGCUACUAG